CUGUCACACAACGAUAAGGAGUCACGCGAUGUUUAUAAAUUCUUUUAAUGUGUAAAACCUUAUCUUUCUUGAUAAGAAAACUAAGGAAGAUUCUUUUUUAUCAAAGAAGCAUUUUCAGUCUAAGAGGUAGUAUUAAAAUUAAAAAAAAAAUAACCUAACUGACACUUUUCUGUUGCGUUCUUGAGUCUGAAGUGAAGUUUCUUGGACAGAGAAACAAGGUUCAAGUUGUUGCCAAACAAAAGCACAAAGUGUUGAUAACAAACAAACAACAAAAUACCGAUAAAAUUCUGUAUUUAUCGAGUUUUAUUGGAAUGUUAGUCUUAAUGAUCAUUCCUUUGACAAAAAGACAAAGGGACCAAGAUAAUACCGGCUUACAAAACACAACCCACGUGUAAAUAUUUGAAACAAAACCCAGCAAGAGGCACUCAUUAAUACUCCAGUAGCCUGCCGACGGGGUCAUAGAUUCGCGCGUCGUUGCAUAUUCUAUUGAAAAUUUUGGCUAGUGCCACGUAUCGCUUGCAAAAUGGACAUACAGAGCAUCUUAGAGAACUUAGAGGAGCUUUUAACAUGUCGACAAUGCUCGAAUGUAUUCAAGAACCCGCGAAUCACGCCUUGUUUGCAUUCUUUUUGUGCGGAAUGCCUGAACGAGAUCGCUCGAAGCCGGCCAUAUCAAGCCUACAUUGCUUGUCCAACGUGCAAGUAUGAGAUUAGGAAGCCAGAGGGUGGAUUGUUUAAUACGCUACCUCCUAAUUUCUUUCUCAAUCGACUGCAUGACAUCUAUGUAGCAAAGCGAAGAUCCUAUAGCGAUUCCAACUGUGGUAAUUGCCACCGUAAAGUGCUUCUCAAUUCGUUUUGUUUUGCGUGUGAUACUUUCAUGUGUGAGGAGUGCUUAACGGCACACAAUGUCAUUACACGCAGUAGUGGCCACAGAAGCAUUCAAUUGGGAAGAUUCAAGCAGAAGGAAUAUGAUGAUUUAUUAAGACGAGCCGUGUUUUGUGCGCACAAGUUUAAUGACCGUGGAGUUGUGGAGUAUUUUUGCUAUGAUUGUGAUGCGUGUGUUUGUCACAUUUGCAAUGUCGCCAUACAGCACAAGCAUAAAAUCAUCGACAUCCACGACGCGGCAAACGACCAUAAGAUGAAGAUUAUUGACGGAAACAUCAAGUUAAAAAGCAAGCUUAAAACCGUGGAAACGGGGAUAAGUAAUGUGGAAUUUAAGAAAAUGGAAGUUAAUGAGCAGAUUGAUUAUGUCAAGAGUGAUAUCAAGUCUAGAAUUGAGAGCUUGGUUCGCACAUUGAAGAAACAUGAAGAGGAGAUGAUAAACGAACUUGAAAAAAUCCGUAAAGACAAGCAAGAGAAUUUAUCAUUUCAACUUCAGAUGUAUGAGACGAUGCACAGACAGACGAUGGGCGCAGUCGUAUUCACUGAGGACCUACUGCAGAGAAACAUGAGCGAGGAAAUCCUGUCAAUCAAAAAUCACAUGUUUGAACGAGUCAAUGAGAUCCUGGACACUAAUGUAGGGGUCACACCUGCUGAAAAUGAGAGAGUGGGGUAUGUCGCUAAUUCUGAAGCCUAUAAUGGUAUCCUAUCUGUUUGUCUUGGGCACAUUAGCACAAGUCUGACUGAGCCCAUUGAGUCAACAGCUGAAGGGGAGGGGCUUUCUGAUGUGUCAGCCGGUGAGGAGGUGUAUUUUACUGUCACGACUAGGAAUGCACAGGGUGAUGUCUACUACAGCGAGAUUGAUCAUGUGGUUGUGGGUGUAGACUCGAUGAUGUGGGGCGAUGUGGAAGCAUCUGUGAAAAGCCUUCACAAUGGUCACUAUGAAGUGAAGUAUAUUGCAAGAGUUCCUGGAAUAUAUAAGAUACAGGUAGAAAUUGGUGGUCAACAUAUUAAGGAUAGUCCUUUCAAUGUCGAGGUCAAGCAGCCCGUGCUUACCCCUGUCAAGUCAUUUGGUUCUCAUGGUAUGACAAAAGGGAAAUUCCUUCAGCCUCAUGGUGUCGCAGUCAGUACCAUCGGCCAGAUCGUGGUAUCUGACAGCUUAAAGCACCACUUGCAAGUCUUCACUCCAGAUGGAAAUCUCAUGUUUGACUUUGGAGGAGAAGGCUCAGACGAUGGGAAGUUUAUGCAUCCUAUGGCUAUAGCAUUUGACAAGUCUGAAAAGUGUCUGUAUGUUGCUGAUAGUGACAAUAACAGGAUUCAAGUUGUUGAUGUCAAGAAUGGAAGGUUCAUACGGAAGUUUGGUUGUGUUGGUGAGGGCCCCGGCCAGUUUAAUGGACCAUGUGGAGUGUCUGUCGAUGGCAAAGGUAGAGUCAUAGUGACUGACUGGAACAACAACAGAGUACAAGUGUUCUCCAGUGAAGGCAAAUUCCUGAUGAAGCUUGGAGACACCGGUGAAGAGAGAAUCAUCCAACCAAGAUGUGCCCUGUACCAUGACGACAAGGAAGCCUUCAUUGUCUCUGACACUGGCAAUAAUGUUAUAAAGGUCUUUGACAAGAAUGGUAAAUUUUCUCAUGUCAUCGGCAAGCCAGGCUCCAAGAGAGGAGAGCUGCAUGGGCCACGGGGUCUUGCCAUUGAUAAAUACCAGAAUAUCAUAGUUUGUGAUUUUGAGAAUCAUAGGUUACAGUUUUUCAAGUUUGAUGGUACAGUACUGAGCUCUUUUGGCACUAAUGGGAAGGGGAUAGGGCAGUUUGCAUUUCCACUAAGCAUUUCAGUGGUUGGGGGAGAGAGAGUUAUUGUGAGUGACUGGGGAAACAACAGAAUUCAGAUAUUCAAAUGUAGAAAGGAGACACAAGUGAAUGGACUGCUGAAUGGAAGGGAGAUGUCAAGACUUUCUAAUGGUAGGGAGAUGUCCAGAGAUCAUUUCUAAUUGGAGGUCACCACUCCUAUGACCCAAUAUACAGAGGGAAAGGAAAGGGGGGAUUUAGUUUAACAGAGAAUAGAAAGCCUAUCUCACAAACCAAGCAUUUUCUUUCAUGUUUCAUGAAUGCAAAAGCAAUGAAAAAUAUCAAUGUCCAAGUCAUGUUCCCUCAAACUUCCUCUGACCACCCUGUUGGUGCAAGGCCUAUAUACACUACUUCACGAAAUUAUGCAUCAGUCUACUAUAGUCUGUCUAUGUUUGUCUAUCCUAAGUUUUUCAAGGAGCUGCAAGCUCACCCAGUGUCUUAUUCAAAUUAAAUAAAAUUGAAGUAUCAGCCCAGAUCAUAAAGGGAAGGCAACGUAUUACCUAGCUUUUCUAGCUAAUAAUGAAUUUGUAUACCUCAAUGAUCACACAUGCAGGGGCGUAGCAACAGGGGUGGCCCAGGCCCCCCCCCCUUCUUCUAGCACCAAAAAAUACAGUAAAUGUAUGAGACAUUAUCUGCAGUACAUGAAAAAAAUUCUUGAAAGGGCCUUUUCGGCCCCCGAAAAGGCCCUGGCUACGCUGCUGGUAUGGGAGGUGGUCUUGGCUUGUUUACAAUAUAUAGGGUACCAAAGUGUGUUGACCAAAUGUUUUUUAGGGGCGUGUCUAGAGACAAAUGCUCGGUGGGGUCCAGAGUAGUAAUUCACUGUUAACAGAAACUAAGUUCAAAGCAUCAUUUAGCUCUGGUAAUAGGUUAUCACUAGAUCCAUCUAGAAAUUUUCUUUCCAAAUACACACAAAAUUGACCGUUUACUUAGCAAAAAACGAAAGGGUCAACUGGAGUUAAACUAACCUCGUCACAUGAGCAGGGUGGGGUCUUGACCCCUUGUACCCUUCCUCAGGGCAUGCACCAGUUUUUAUUCUGUUUUAAUUUGACUGCAUGUAACUAUAGCUUAUAUUUAGGUGUUAUUUAAUGUUAAUAAUCAAAGAGUUAAAACUCUUUAAAAAUAUCAUAACAACCUCCAAGCACUAUUGUUCUAUUUUUAUAGUUAUUAUUUAUGACAGGGGUAUGUAGUAUGGCUGGUAUAAAGGAGGGGGACCGGUGGCUGGCAUGGGGGGAAAGGAAGCUCAGUUCCAAACCCAGAGGCUUAGAACAUUAAUUUCCAAGGCAAAAAAUCUGGCAAUGAAGCAAUGCUCUAUUCUUAUUCUUACCCCUACAAUUCUGAACAAUGCAUAUCCCUGAUAUUUAUAUAAGCUUGGUGUUGUGUGUGAGAUUGUCACCCAUUAAUGAAUAAUCAUAUAUUAAUUUAAGGACAAAUCCGGCCUUUAUGGAAAUAUCGAAAAAACAAACAGUCAGAAAGUCUCCUAUAUCCCAUAGUUAGGGUAAUAAAUACCAGGGGCAUAUUAGCUAGGAUUUCUAAAAUGAGAUAAUCCAAAGGGGUCCUUCAGAUCACAUUUUGAAUGUCCCAUACAUUAACUUCUAAAAGGAUGUGCUCUCAAUGAAUAUAGAAGACCUGUACCCAGGGUUUUGAGGUUAGGUACUCUCCCAUUCAGCGGACCAUUUUCUAUUAGGUAUCUUGCCCCAGCUCACAGUGGUACUAAAAGGCACUAAGAAAUCACAUGAUUUUUUGAGUGGCAAAUUCAUGCCAAAUAAACAAAGAAAUGGUUGCGGCUGUUUCUGACAUUGAUUUUUCUCAACAAGCUUUCUGGUUGAUUGUUAUGUGCUGAAUAAGUUGCUUUUUGUAUCUGUUAUUUUGCCAAAAAAAGGGAAAAAUCAUGUGAUUUCUUGUAAGUUGCCUAUUUCUUUCUAUUGAGAGGAAGGGCUGUCCCCACACUGCUAUGAGCGUGUAACAGAUUUGUAAAGGAAUUAGCUGAUUAAUAGUUAUCCCUGUAAUAAUAAAUAUUUGCACUUAAA